AUGGCGCUCGCGCUGCGUCUGAUGGGAAAGGGGUUGGGGUUUGGCGCGAAGGCAGUUGGAGGCGCAGUGACCGGCGUCGCGGGAUCGUGCUUUCGGCACAUGACCUCCGGCCUGCCUCACCCCACAGAGUGCGGCUGCAUCGGCGCCCUGUUUUACUAUCUGGGACUGCACGACCACAGAAAAUUCAAUCUUCUCGUGGAAAUCCACGAACUUGAUCACGUCCCGAAGUCAGCCUCACUGUACCUCACCGUGGAAAUCGGCCGCAAAAACGCCACCACACAAGUCGUGAAGACAAAGGGAACACAGGCCGUUCUGGUCGAGGAGCGACUGAUGCUCCACGUUCGCCAGGUGGACUCGGAGGUCACCAUCGUGCUUUACAAGAAAGGGAUGAUGAAAAACACGCGCCUGGCCUCGGUAACAGUGCCAAUCAAGGAAGAGCUGAUUGAUAAAAACUUUCCCAAACGCACGUGGUACAGCCUCAAGGCGGAGAGCGGCAAGACGCUCCCCCGUGUCAAUAUCUCCUGGUUUCGCCUUGACUCGAGCGUGCCCACCAAUCAGUCGCCGCUGCUCCAGCAGGCGAUGCUGAUUGCGCAGAAGGAGGCGGACGAAAAGGGCGAGCCCGUAGACGUGAAUCUCGGCGAAAUGUCUCAGAAGGAGCGCCUUGCGUUCUUUGCCCACGUCCUCGAGGGGCCCUUGGAGCGGCUGAACCCCGGCGGCGGCACGUGGAUGACCUGCUACGGCAAAGCGAUGGAAGUCAAACCAGAUCGCUGGGAAUGGUGUUUUUGGGACUCCGCGGAGCAAUGCAAACAGGGCGCGGAGAAGCAAGGCAGCAUUCCGUUUCUGGCCAUAAGCCUCGUGCUCCCAGACCGGAAGGACCGAAACAUCUUCUACGUCCGCUACCACGACAAAGACACCCACUACGACGUCUUCUUUCGCCGCCUCGACAGAGACCGCAACUUGUGGUCCGACGGCCUCUACGAGUUCAUCGAGAAGCUCCGCGCCUACCGAGAACUGUGCCCGACGGGCGAGCUUGGGAAAAAAGGCGAAGGCAGAGGAGCGAAGAAGGGUCAGAAGGCUCUCGAAGAUGAGACUACGGAGGUCAACGAGGAAAGCGGCAGAACGUCGCGGAAGUCGGGCGGGAAGAAGUCUCGAAGACCAUCCACCACGCCGCGACUCGACAUCUCGACUGCCCGUCGUGUGCAUAGCCCUCGCGCGACGAUUCCUCUCAAACAGGGCCCUAAUGCCCAGCAGCAUAUGCUUGAGGAAGUGAUGAUUUCCACGCAGUCUUCGGCGCGCGAAUAUGACUGA